ACAGAAGCUCUGCCUCUGUGAGUGGGUUCUCCACGUCUCACAGACACACACACACCUGAACUGAAACAAGGUCGUCAAACACUGAAAGAGCCAAAGAGAGAAAAUGCAGUCAUCACUUUCAUACUCCCACUGCAACAAAACCUUCACAUUCAAACCAAACCCAAACCCCAUUCCAAACCAGUCCCUACUCAGACCCACUAAACCCUCCUCCAAACCACCAACACCACCUUCCUCCUCCAUCCACCUCACACUAAGAUCCCACUCCCACCCACAACCACUCUCCCCUCAAAACCCCAAAAGACCCUUCUCCUCAGUGACCCCACUUGGUUCAGGCAUUUCCUCCAACAGCUUCAGUGCCAAUGGCAACCGGAGCUUCCGGGACUGGGUCGAGGCGGCGAGUGAGGCUGUGUCCAAUGCCUUUCCGAUUUGGGUCGCUUUGGGGUGCCUGUUGGGCUUGCUCAGCCCAGCUUCCUUCAACUGGGUCACCCCCAAGUUCAAUUUUUUGGGGUUAACAGUCACUAUGCUUGGGAUGGGUAUGACUCUAACGUUCAAUGACCUUAGGGAUGCUCUUGCUAUGCCCAAGGAGCUGUUUUGCGGCUUCGCUCUUCAAUACUCGGUGAUGCCUUUAUCAGGGUAUUUUGUGAGCAAGCUUUUGAAUCUGCCGUCGCAUUAUGCGGCUGGUUUGAUAUUGGUUGCGUGCUGCCCGGGUGGGACGGCAAGUAACAUUGUCACUUAUAUUGCACGUGGAAAUGUGGCACUUUCAGUGUUAAUGACAGCAGCAAGCACUGUAUCAGCCGUGAUCAUGACCCCCUUUCUCACAGCCAAACUUGCUGGUCAAUACGUUGCAGUCGAUGCAGCUGGGAUGUUAUUCUCUACACUGCAGGUUGUCCUUCUUCCUGUGAUUGCCGGUGCUUUUCUGAAUCAGUACUUCCAAGGUCUGGUUAAAUUUGUCUCCCCCUUGAUGCCCCCCAUUGCUGUGGCAACAGUAGGUGUUCUUUGUGGGAAUGCAAUUGCCCAGAGUUCCUCUGCAAUCCUUACAUCAGGUCUACAAGUUGUGCUAGCUUCAUCUCUUCUGCAUGCAUCUGGAUUUUUCUUUGGGUACGUGCUUUCAAGGUUACUUGGGCUUGAUGUGGCAGCAUCAAGAACUAUCUCAAUCGAGGUUGGCAUGCAGAAUUCAGUGCUUGGGGUUGUUCUAGCUACUCAGCACUUUGGAAAUCCUCUUACUGCAGUACCAUGUGCGGUUUCCAGCGUUUGCCAUUCAAUCAUUGGUAGUGCCUUGGCAGGAAUAUGGAGACGGAGCGUGCCGAAAGAGCAAGAAUGAAAUGUGAAUGUAGAAACUAGAGACAAUCAGUAUGAAUAAUUCUUCUGUAUAUUAUAUGAGCCGAUAGUCGUAUCCAUUGUUGGCUAUGAGCACUUAGUAGACUGGCUCAGACUCGAAUAAACUAAGGACAUCAAAACAACGGUAUUGUAGAACAUCUCAUAAUUUAAUUGUUAAGCGUGGCUAGAGCAUGUUACAGU